AUGUCAGACACGGAGGAGGAGAAACCCAAUCCAGAUCAGACAAAGAGUCUACGAAACUGCAAAAGUAUUACCGUGGCAUUCAAAUUGAAUGGAAAGAAUUACCCUCUAUGGUCUCGACUAAUGAAAGUCAAGAUUGGGGGAAGAGGAGCAUACUCCUACAUUAGGAACGAACCUCCGGAAGCGGUCAGCAAGGGGUUUGAUGAGUGGGAGGAGAACGACCUUGUGGUGUUCUCGUGGAUCGUCGACAAUAUUGAGAACGAAAUUGUCGCCGAUUUCGCGCACCAUCUGACAUCGAAGGCUUUGUGGGAUAGCCUCGCGGUCACGUUCGAAAACAAGGCGGACCGUUAUCUCAUCUAUGACCUAGAGGAAAAAGCAAUCAAUAUCAAACAGGGCGAUCUCGAUCUGGAAACAUACUAUCGAAGGAUUCAUGGGCUAUGGAUUAAUAUAGAUCGCUGUCAGAAACAACCUAUCAACUGCUGUGACAAGGGGAUCGAUCAAUUUCGAACCCAUUCGAACUCAAAGCGACUGAUCAAGUUCUUGACCGGAUUGAAUCAAGAGUAUGACUCGAUCCGGAGGGACAUCCUCAAAAGAAGACCCAGCCCCAUCAGUUGA